GAGAGCUGAGAGGCGGAAAAUGGCGCUGACGUGAGCGCGAGCUUGCACUGCCCAGAGGGUGGCCGCCGCCUGAGCUGCAGCUGCCGGAGCCGCAGAAACAAGAGGCCGAGCCGUGUCGAAGAUGGAGGAGAAACCCUCAGGGCCCAGCCCGGACAUGCUGGCCACUGCAGAGUCCAGCUCCAGUGAGACCGACAAGGAGGUGUUGUCCCCGGCUGUGCCAGCUGCAGCCCCCUCCUCCUCCAUGUCGGAGGAGCCAGGCCCUGAGCAGGCAGCCACACCGCCGGUGUGGGAACGUGGAGGGGCUGGAGGGAUGCAGCAGGGCUCCUCCCCAGCCCCAGACAGCUGCCAGCCUGGCCCCGGACCCAGCCCUGGCCUGACCAGCAUAGUCUCCGGGACCGGCGAGGACCUGCGGCCUCCCAGACGACGCCCACCUCCAGGGAAGCAAAUCCCUUGCUCCAGCCCUGGCUGCUGCCUCAGUUUUCCCAGCGUCCGCGACUUGGCACAGCAUCUGCGAACCCACUGCCCGCCCACACAGUCCCUGGAAGGCAAGCUCUUCCGCUGCUCAGCCCUGAGCUGCACCGAGACCUUCCCCAGCAUGCAGGAGCUGGUGGCUCACAGCAAACUGCACUACAAACCCAAUCGCUACUUCAAGUGUGAGAACUGCCUCCUGCGCUUCCGCACGCACCGCUCGCUCUUCAAGCACCUGCAUGUUUGCGCGGAGCAUGCGCAGAGCCCAGCCCCGCCGCCACCCCCGGCCCUGGACCGAGAGCCGCCCGCGCCCGAGCGCCCCCCGGAGGUUGACCCCGCAUCAGCGCCGGGCCUGCAGUUCCCACUGCUGGAACCCUUCACGACCCCCGCCCCUGCCCCCACCGGACCGUUCCUGUCCUACUUGAACCCUGCGCCCUUUGGCCUAAGCCCCCCGCGCCUGCGCCCCUUCCUGGCCGCUGCACCCGGGCUGCCGGCUUCCAGCGCCGCCGUCUGGAAAAAGAGCCAAGGUGCUGGCAGCAGCCCCCGAAGACCCCAGGGCGGCUCCGACGCGCCCUCAGGGCACGCGGCCCCAAGCCGCAUCGUGUGGGAGCACACACGCGGCCGCUACUCGUGCAUGCAGUGCGCCUUCUCCACGGCCUCGCGGCCCGCCAUGACCCUGCACCUGGAGGACCAUCGCCCCGGCGCCCCCGCGGCCCCCGCGCCCGGGCCGCCGCGCCCCGACGCCCCCGCGGAUCCGGCCCCGCUUGCACCCAAGGUGUCGCCGCUGCUGUCAGAGGGGGAGCUUCCAGUGUUCUCGCAGCUCUGAACCCGGCCUCUUUGGGGGUGGGCCAUGGGAUGUGGGUAGUUUUGUCAUUUGGAGGGGGCUGCAGGGAAGGGGGGCUGGAGUGGACAAUAAAGAAGGCGCCAUGA